AUGCUUCCAGGGCUUACAUCAUACGCAUCUGAUGCAUCAAGCGACGAUGAAUCAGCCAACGAAUCAGCGAUUGCCACCGCUGCCACCGCUGCCACCGCUGAGCCAGGGCUGGAGCUAGCAUUCCCCGAGUUCUCCGAGUUCGCUGAGCCAGCGCUGCCAUUGAUGCUCUUGCCUCGACCUGAUCAGCGCUUUUCAGACCCGAAUCAGCAAUCGGCACUAUUAAUAGACUCGCAGAGCCUGCCUGAUAUGUUGUGA